AUGGAAUAUCAUGCACUUCGAAGGUUGGUUUUGUAUUACCCCACAGUCAUUCGGUGUGGCCCACUUAGGCAUAAUAUGACAAGGGUGAGCUGUAGGAAUAUUUCUAGUAAGGGUGGCGGACGAGAUGAGAAGGGAGAUUGUAGUGAAGACAAUGAUACCUCUAAGGAUUUGGGGAGAGUGCCAUCAAAGUUAAAACGGACGUAUAAUGGUGGCAAAGUUGCUGAAGAGGCCGAUGUUCAUGCUAAUCCGUUAUCGCGGCAAGGGAAGCAAUUACUAGAUACCCUAAGUUCCGCCAGGCCGAAGAUGACUACCGGUUCUAAUUUGCAUUUGCUGGUUCCCAAAGUUGCCUCUACUGACCAUAUUCCCAAAAGAGAGGUGAAUACAGAGGGCCUGUUUGCCGGCUAUCGACCCUUGUUUUUAGGAAAUUCAAGCUUCCCCUCCGAUGUAAGAAAGGGCAAAAACUUCCAUGAUUUGGACGAAGUUCUUCCCAAUAUUCAGUUGAUUGAUGGUUCUGAGAAGGAUGGGAAACUUAACGUUCAGGAAAUCAUUGAAGAUUUACAAAGAACUAGCCUGAGAGAGAGCAUUAGUAAUAUGGAACAGCCCUCAUUGUCACAUAAACGGAGGCCUGUGAUACCGUGGGAUGCAUCCAUAAGUGGGAUGGUCUACAAUGACAUGCCUUUUAAACAUGUGCCCAAAAAUGUUGUCUCGAAACUGAAGCCAUUCAAACUCGUACGUGUUGAAAGAAAGCCAAAUUCAAGGAAUGGCAAAAAACCGAGUAUGAUAAAACUUCAGUUCCACAAUCGAAGAAUCAACGAUACGCUGGAGUUUGUGAAUUUGUACCAGAAUAAGACUCGCUUGCAUGAAUCGUUUUACAAUGCGAAAACAUAUCAAGAAUCCAAAUAUUCGAAUACAAACACAAACAGAAGACAAAAACUGUUGAAAGCCAGAAGCGAUUUUGAACAUAAACUAAAGAACUAUGCGUAUAAACACACUUUUAUCAAAAAUGACCAGGAACUAUUUCGUAAUGAGCUGACCAAGUUGAACAGGGUACUCGCAAGAGAAUUUAAAAAACUAACAAAGCUAUCCAUACAUAACGAAUUCAAAAGAGAGCAUUUACCCUUGGCCGUUUACGUGAGCAAAUCUAACGGUACCAAAAAGCUAUUUCAAAGAUCUUUGAGAAUGAAAAUCAUGGACCAUAUAUAUCCAGUUUACACGACAAUACUAUCUUCCCUGACACAUUCAAAAGACUUGAAGAGAUUCGAAAACAAAAUUAAAGAGUCAAUUGAGAAGAUUGUAACGCGCUUGUCAGAUGAGAUCCCGUCCACAUACUUCUUUCAAGAUGGAGUGGAUUGUAUCAUUCAACCCAGCCCCAUUCAUAAUUUCAAAAGAAUGCAUUGGUUAAGAUACACCAAGAGACAUAACACAUUCUGGGGGAGGAGUAUAAAUAAAGACGUUCAAGUGAGUUUCAAUGACAAAUAUGUUGUUACAAGGAGUGGCGUUAGAUAUACGCGGUAUCCUACUAAUUUGAAUACACAACUACUGGAAACUGCAUUUGAAGAAUGGGAUUAUUAUGAAUGA